AUGUGGAUAUUCUCUGAAAUUAAAGAGGUCAAAAUGAGGUCUUUCAAUUCUCGAAAACCACCGCUCACGUCGAACACCAGAACUUCUAAUACAAGAUCUUGUUUGUCUUUGCGGACCCCACAGCAACAAGCCAAGAACGUUACCGAAGAAGAGGAAGAAGAUGAAAACCAGCCUUUCAUUACGCAAUCAGAAACUGAUAUUGACACCACGAUCGGGGUUAUUUCCGUCAACGGUAGCGUUAUUCAUUAUUCGAUAAACGCAUCGUCCACCGAAAACGUCGAGCCACAGGACCAACAGGGGCAAAAUUACACUACUCCAACGGUCGGUGAGAAAGGAGAGCUAACGUUGAAACUGUUGAAUAUCUAUUUGUCAUUGUUCAUUACAGAUGCUAAUUUUGCGCAAGGUUCUUCUCAUAUGUGUUCUUCGACCAGGAAACCGAUUGAUGAUAACAACCUGUCGCAUGAUGCCUUUAUUAGCUCUAUCCCUGAUUCUAUAGGUCCUUUAGUGGAUGUGAUUGGAUUAACCGAUGGUAUCAUACAGAACAUUGCCGGGUUCUUGCGCGACACCACUUUCCAGAAUAAGUGCCAGCGCGAGGAGUGGAAUCAAGAGGACCUGAUACAUUUCCGAUCACAAAUUACCCUCGUCAUGAAAACGCUGAUAUUGAAAUAUGCUCCCCAAGCCAGCCUGUCACCUACCUGCCAUCAAUUCGAUACUGCCCUGAUGUUAUUGAGAAAACUGCAAGCGGUCACCCACUACUGGAAAAAGUCUCGUCGCACCCAGGACGUGGAUGCUCGCGGAGAUUGGAUUUUGUAUCAACUGCAGAAACUUCAAUGCGUACCACCCCCGAUAAUCGAAUCUCUGAACGUUGAUAUCAUGAUGCCGGCUUUUUCAACACGGCAAGCCAAGAGCUCCACAGGCGAGAUCGAGACUCUCGAGACUUUCACCACGCUGUACGCCAUUCUGUUAAUGGAGCUGAAGAAGCUUUUUCAAUCGAUGGUCGCCAUUUCUGAGACCACCGGGAUACUGCCACAAAUGGAUUGCGCUUUACUUAACGGAUGUCUCGAAGGGUUUUUGCGCAAUGCCUUCAUCAGUGGCAGUACAGAACUGCUAGUGGACCUGGAUAAACUAGUAUUAAUCUGGACUCAGUCGAGUCAUGCUCUGAGAGAAGGGACGGGGCUCUGGGCUCAUAAUUUUAUCGACAGAUGGAACCUGGAAUGUCCAGAUCCAAAAUCCAGCACCGUGUUGGGCAGUACAACAAAUUUAUCCAACUGCGACCGCGUCAGACCCGAGUAUGACCUGGUGCGUUUGUUUAUCCGCGAAAUUGCCGACAUUUGCAUGCUGGGGACAGAGUGCAGGACAGAGUUGUUAGAGUCCGCCACGCUGAGGGUCAGGGCACCGAACAGCGGGCUCGGGUGGCUGACGAUCUUCCAAGACGACCGGCCACACACCUCUCGAGCCCUCACAGCGCGCGAGAUCGAAACUUUAUCCGCCAGUCAGGGGUGCCACGGCCACAGCGGAUUACAGCGGUUGCAGGGGCUGUACGGGGGCGAAUUUUCGCUUCUAGAGGACGAGACCACCAUGAACGCUACUAAAGUGGGGCCACCAGUCCAUUUUUGGUCUCGUAACCGUCACCACCGCCACCGUCACCACCACUCGCAUCAUUUUCGGGACUGGAUCAAGCGCGGCUUUCGAGCCGCCGACGUUGGCCAUCGCCACCGACUGGUAGACAAGUGCCAUCGUGCGAACGCUAAACUCAAGAGCUUGGCCCACAGGGUAUAUGGCUGCGACCACCUAACCCUAGCGCGGCAGACUACGCCUGUUGUCACCCGUCGCAGCCAUCCGCCACACGCCGCUUUCCGCUUGGAGGAGGCCUAUGACCACACCACCUACAGCGAGACCCUCUACCCGCUACGUCGGCGCUACCAGAAUCUGCGACGCAAGAAGGAUCGUUUCAUGUUUCUGUUUUUUGGCGAGGAGCGGUGA